AGGCGGAGCCCGUCCCCCCCCCCCCCCCGCAGGACGCCGCCCGGCCGCGGUGCGUAUUUAUGCUGGCCCCUGCGCAGAGCAACUCGGCUGAGCGUGGGGCGGAAGCGCCCAGCGGUUCUCCCUCCUUCCCGCCCGGGCGCAGGCGGCGACGAGAAUGAGCCAGAGAGACACCCUGGUCCAUCUCUUUGCCGGCGGAGAGCUUGAAGCUCGGAUUUCUGUUUGUACUCACUGACUCUGGACUGUGGUAUUUGAGGUGGAAGAAGAAUGUAGUGUUCAUUCUGAGCAGGUCUGGAAAAGAAAGCACACCUAAAUGAUUUUGCUGGACUAGUUCAUGUGUUUGCCAAUACAUCAACAAAGUACUACUUCACUUGUAUGCAACUCUACCCUCAUGUACUACUUGGACCUUCUGGACUUUUUUAAAUAGGAUAUUCUCUGAAGUUUGAUGUGGAGGUACUGUUGGUGCAAUUCUGACAUGUCCACUGGAAGUUGUGAAAACACGAUUGCAGUCCUCCUCUGUGACUCUCUACAUCUCUGAAGUCCAUCUCAACACUGUGAAUGGUGCUAGUGUCAACCGAGUAACUAGAGUUUCUCCUGGACCUCUCCAUUGUUUGAAGAUGAUCUUGCAAAAGGAAGGUCCUCGUUCUCUGUUUAGAGGGCUGGGUCCUAAUUUAGUAGGUGUUGCUCCUUCCAGAGCGAUAUAUUUUGCUGCUUACUCAAACUGCAAGGAAAAGUUGAACAGUAUUUUCAAUCCAGAUUCUACCCAGGUACACAUGAUUUCAGCUGGUGUGGCAGAGCUGCCUUUCACUCUGCUCUCUUUCUCUCCACGGUUGUGCAGAAGUUUUACUGCGAUCACAACAACUAACCCCAUUUGGCUAGUAAAGACACGAUUGCAGCUUGAUGCAAGGAAUCGUGGAGAAAAGCGAAUGAGUGCUUUUGAAUGUGUCCGAAAAGUUUAUCGAUCAGAUGGUAUUAAAGGCUUUUACAGAGGAAUGUCAGCAUCCUACGCAGGCAUAUCUGAGACUGUAAUUCACUUUGUUAUUUAUGAGAGUAUCAAGAGGAAACUACUGGAGUAUAAGACUGCUUCUGCCAUGGACAGUGAGGAUGAAUCGGCAAAAGAAGCUUCGGACUUUGUUGGAAUGAUGAUGGCUGCUGCCACUUCUAAAACUUGUGCAACAUCCAUAGCAUAUCCCCAUGAGGUUGUACGAACAAGACUAAGAGAAGAGGGAACAAAAUACAGAUCUUUCUUCCAGACAUUAUCUUUGCUUGUGCGAGAAGAAGGGUAUGGGUCCCUCUACCGAGGUUUAACUACACAUCUGAUCAGACAGAUUCCAAACACAGCUAUCAUGAUGUCAACCUAUGAAGUGGUAGUCUACUUGCUCGAUGGAUAGCAGCGUGACAAGGCUUCCUAGAAGAAGGUGGAAGAUUGAAAGACUGGAGUGGACCACUGAAUGUCAGUGCCAAUGUGGUGGGCAAAAGGAAAGUUACAUGAGGAACAUGCAGCUAUGGACAAAACAGAAGGUUGAUUGUGGGCAACCAUGAAUAAUUUUGCUGCCUUAUUGUGUGUGGUCUCCUGGCAAUGUGACAAAUGGGAACUGCCCCUUAGGGAAUGCCUUUAUCCAUCUCUUAAUUCAAAAUUGUUACUUUCCUUUUCAUCUAUUGAUCUAGACAAGACCAUUCAGUCAUUUUCAGAGACCUGAUGGGUGAGGGAGGGGGCAUAACUACAUUCUUGGGCAGCCUUAUUCACCUCUCUUAGUUGUUGCUCUCAACUACAUCCUUUUUGUUCUGUUUUACUGCACAGUAACCUGAAGAAUGGGGAAGACAGUACUUCCAUACCCAAAACUUCCAUUCAGUUGCUCUGAAGGCUCAUAGAGACUUGAGGUAGUAGUCAGUGUAUAGAGGUUUCCAUGUUGCUACCUCAAGACAAAAUAUGGCGCAGGGACCCAGAACAGAGUUAUUUCUUCACUAAAAAGGUGAUACUUGUUUUCUUUGAAGUUUGAGCAGUGUUGUAGGUUAGUUAGAGAGGAUCUGAUUGUUGAACUCUUCAGGUUAUCAAUCUCUUGAUAUUGGUGUAUGUGGAUUUCUAGUUCUGCUGCAUCAUCUUUUUUUCUUUUCUGGAACUUUUCCUUUCUUAGGCAAGAGAGAGACGUAUAAAACAUUCUGCUAUAUCAUCGGUUUUCCUUGCCAGCCUUCAGGUCACUCGCACAGCUAAGGAAGAACUUGCUGAAUGCUACUUCAUGGCCUUUUAAAGGUUUCUUGAUGUGUUGAGAAAUCUCAACUAGUCCAGCCUGCCAUUUGUGAAGACAGGAUUCACUCAAAUAGUUUCAUGCUACCUAAGAACAAGCUGUAUUGUCCUAAAAUGUCUGCCAAAGCCUGACUUGUAUUAGCAGUAGCUGUAUGGGAGUGCAGGGGAAGAACACAUAUCGCCAUGGUUAAGGCAACCAGAAAGCAGAAAACUGUAGAAGUUGUGAUAGAUUUUUUCACUGCAGACAGCCUCUGUGCAGAAUGAUGGAGAAAAUCGUAAUUGAGAUUUUCUUGUAAGCAUUCCCCUUGAUAAUUGCUGUAUCACUUCUUCCAACUUGAGCCCAUGUACAGAACUGCAGCUGACAGUAUAACCUUGUCCUCCAAAUUGUCUGAAUAUUCAGAUACUGUUUUUGUUGUUCUGUAAGCCAAUUGCAAAACAAUGGCAUUCAGCACCAAGGUUUAGCUAGUUUAUUCUGUCAUAAUUUACAGGGUUUUCCAAAACAUACAGUUCGAUUGUCAAAAUAACAAGUUUAAUGUUAGAACUUGUACAGCUUUGCAAACAAAUCUUAUCUGCACCUUGAGAACUUCUUAGUCUGCAUCCAUGAUCCUUAUGAGGAAUAUGAUCAUUAUAAAUUUGGGGCAAUAGCUUUCUACCUACAAAUGCUGCUACACUGGUGUGGACAGAACUGUGCUAUCAACUCUUCCAGUGUGGUACUUUGGUUCACUUAAACUGCAUUGUGUGCAAUGGCUUUAUUUUACGAAUGACUCUGUAUGCACUUUGUGGCCUUCUGAUGGCUUGUGACUUUUUUUUCUUCCUCUUAUCUGAAAUCAAACUAUGUUCAAAACAUGCAGUUUGCUUUUACACAAGGCAGGUAGUUUGAUUUCUAUGUGAGCAGCGCAGGAUAAAACAUUUUAUGCUGUAGAUCUAUGGCAUCUCUGUUGUGGUAGUUCUGUGGGCUGUAUGUAAAAGCUUGAAGCUUACAGAACAAUCAGUCUGGGCUUUUCUCAUUUUCUUUCCUUUGUUUUGACCCUUGUCAUAUUCUCCACAUGGUGUCAAAGUAUUGGAGUACUUCAUGUAACUUGCUCUACUAGUUGCUGAUACUUCUAAAAGCGACCUAUAGCAUGUACAGCGACCUUGCAAUGGAGGCUUGGCUGUAUUAACUUCCUUCUCUUUGGAAAAUGUUAUCUUACCUUUUUAAAGACAGAGAGCAUGGUCUGUGGUGUGCCUGUAAAGGUGAACUUGAUUGUUUUAAACGAGUAAGAGGAGUGAUUAAAUGUGUGCUGUAGUGGGCUUUUUCUAGUUAUCUUCCUAGGAAAAAUCUGGAGCACUCGUGACUGACUGAAGUCUUGCUGUGAUGCUGCUGUUGGGAUAACUAAGUGCAGGAAUAGCUACUGACGGUAAUUUUUUGUUCUGUAGGAAGUGGAUUACUCUUCAGGCUAUCCAGAUUAUUCAGUCAUAGCCAAAACUUAAAUUGGCAAAGGCAAUAUUCAGUUUAGGAGUUCAUGAAUACAGUUAACACUCAGGUUAACCUAGACUUCAUGAGAGUUGCUCUCUGUUUAUUGGAUACGUUCUCCCUUGAUUACAUGUUCAUCUCCCAUUAAUUCACUGGGUGCCAUGUGCGUGCCUUGUCUGGGUGAGAACAGACCCCCUGGAGUUGCUAAGUACAAAAAGGUUGAUGGGGACAAUUGAACAUAAGAGACAACAGCUAAAAAUAGACAAUCAGCUUACUAUUCCACCUUCUUAAUGGGCGUUUAAGCAAUGUUUUAAACUUCAGGGGUGAUCUUUUUGGCUUGCUUUUACCUAACAAAACGUAAAUCCAGAGUUUCUUGGGAUUUUGUGUUAUUUUUAAACUACUAGUACAUACAAAGUUACCUCUGAAAUAUUUCCCAAAGAUCUUUAAAUUAUUUAUGUAGUUUUCAUGAUAUUUAUUAUAAAAACUCAAAGGGAAUAAGAAGAUGCUACAUUCAGUAAUAUCCUUAACUACAGAACUGAAAGGAGUGCAUUUAAACUUCCUUGUAAUUUAAAUGGUCAUCUUGAUUUAUAAUUCAAUGUAAUGUAUUUAUGUCACGCUUCUCUGUGCUAGGGACAAAGGAUGUCUGAAAAACUCUCAGUAAUUAGUUUCCACGUAUUUCCCCUGCCUCGAUGAGGCUCAAAUGUUAUUGCAAGAUGUUAGUUUUGACUUGGCAACCAGUUAGACUUGGGAAACGCUGCAGUUUGCUGAACCGGUCAAAAGAUGGCACUGGAGCAUGCGUUCACCACGGGCAAGGGGCUCCUCUGCCGGGGCCUGGCCAGCUCGGUGUCUUACAGUGCCCUGGUUGCCACCGAGUGCCCGUGCCGUGCCGGGGGGACAUGGCAAAAGCGGCCUGAGUUUGGAAAGCCAUCAAAACACAGACUUCAGCGAAUGCCGUCACACUUCACAGCCCCAUGUUACCCCUUCGGUCCCUGCAGAGCCGCGUGGGAAGAGGCGAGUUGCGCGUUGCCGAGGGCUGAGCCCAGCCUUCAGGCUGACAGGUGGAUCUGCUGGUUCUGUCGGCAUUUCUGAUCUGCUAGCCUGUGUUGUUUCAAGUAGGUUUACACGAGGGAUUUAUGGAGGUUUUUUUGAUUUAAUUGUAACUGAAACAUCAGCCUGUCCACUUGUAUAUCGACAUUGUAUGUAUCUAGUUCCCUGUUUACAUAACGCACUCCGUAUAUUUCCUUUCGGAUUGAGAUGUUUGUUAAUGACAGUUUCUGCUAUUCUGUUUUUCUUCUUAUAAUGACAUUUGUAACAUUCCUCAGACUGUAGCAUUUUUAAAAGAAUGCUUCCAGAGACAAAAGAUUGGAGAGCCUCUGUAAAUGUUGCUUCCUGUUUAAACUGUUUAAAUUUGGAAAACAAGCUGAACACUGAAGUGUGCCUAGGUAAAUGUACUGCUAUUUUUUUUUUUCAACUUUCUGUCUGUUAAGACUCAGUUAAGUUUUCAGUUCUUCUAUUUAAGAGAGUCUGCCUACCCUGCAUAUGUGAACAUAAUUAUGCCCUCAGAGUCAUAGCUAAACGCUCACAAAUGGCAGUUUGAGAAUAUUUCAGUGUUCAUGUGAGGUUUGCUAUUAUUCUUACAUACAUGUAGUUGGCUGUAAAUUAUGUGCAUUUACUCUGUAAAAGCUGACUUUUUUUUGUUUGGAUUGCUUUACAUUUCAAAGAAAAUUAAAAUGAUGUGCUUCUAUUCA